CUGGCUAUCCUUGAACUCACAAUCCUCCUGCCUCAGCCUCGUGAGUACUGGAAUUACAGGUAUAUGCAUCACUCCUGGCAUCUUUUUAUACUUACUGAGAUGAUCUUUUAUAUACUUUUUUAUGCUUUUGUUAAGUUAGUCUUCAAGUUUUAAAUACACUUGGUUUAUAAAAUAAUUAUUGAGUGUCUGUAUGCAUAGGUGUUAAAUUUGUAAUCAACAUUUAAUUUUUUGUUUCUUACUUUGGACCACAAUACUAUUAAAUCAUAUACCCCAUUUUUCCCUCAGAUAUUUUUCCAAAAAAAACUUUUCAGACUGUGUGUCCCCCAAGAGUUCAUACAUGAAAAUGUAAUCCCCAUUGUGACAUCUUAAGGUGAUGGGGACAAUCCAACAAUGGUAUGUAGAGUUUGAGACCUUUGAGAGAUGACUAGGGUUUGAUAAGGUCAUCAAGGUUGAAUCCCAGUGACUGAAUUAUUGGUGGCUUUAUAAAAGAGACCAGAAAAUAUACACAGUCAUGUACUCUGCCUGUCUCUUACCAUGUGAUGCCCUAAACCACUUCAGGACUUCACCAACAAGAAAGCCAUCACCAGAUGUGGCCCUUGAUCUUGGAACUCCAGAACUCAAGAAGGCUCACUUUGUGCUCAACACUGCCUGAAUAAUCUAUUGCAAGGAGAAUACUUUAGCCCUGUGGAGUUAUCCUCAAUUGCCCACCAGCUGGAUGAAGAAGAAAGGAUGAGAAUGGCGGAAGGAGGAGUUACUAGUGAAGACUAUCGAACAUUUUUACAGCAGCCUUCUGGAAAUAUGGAUGACAGUGGCUUUUUUUCUAUUCAAGUUAUAAGCAAUGCCUUGAAAGUUUGGGGUUUGGAACUGAUCCUGUUCAACAGUCCAGAGUAUCAGAGGCUCAGGAUUGAUCCCAUAAAUGAAAAAUCAUUUAUAUGCAAUUAUAAAGAACACUGGUUUACAGUUAGAAAAUUAGGAAAACAGUGGUUUAACUUGAAUUCUCUCUUGACGGGUCCAGAGUUAAUAUCAGAUACAUACCUUGCACUUUUCUUGGCUCAAUUACAACAGGAAGGUUAUUCUAUAUUUGUCGUUAAGGGUGAUCUGCCAGAUUGUGAAGCUGACCAACUUCUCCAGAUGAUCAGGGUCCAACAGAUGCAUCGACCAAAACUCAUUGGAGAAGAAUUAGCACAACUGAAAGAACAGAGAGUCCUUAAAACAGAUCUGGAACAAGUCUUAGAAGGAAACGAUGGGUCGGGAAUGUUAGAUGAAGAUGAGGAGGAUUUGCAGAGGGCUCUGGCACUAAGUCGUCAGGAAAUUGACAUGGAAGAUGAAGAAGCAGAUCUCCGCAGGGCCAUUCAGCUCAGUAUGCAAGGUAGUUGCAGAAAUAUAUCUCAAGAUGUUCCACAGACAUCAGGUACAAAUCUUACAUUUGAAGAGCUGCGGAGGAGAAGAGAAGCCUACUUUGAAAAGCAGCAGCAGCAACAGCAGCGGCAAGCAGAUCCACCAGGACAAGCAUCACAACCGCAUGAAAGGCCAACCACAAGUUCAGGGGCACUUGGGAAUGAUCUAGGUGAUUCUAUGAGUGAAGAAGACAUGCUUCAGGCAGCUGUGACUAUGUCUUUACAAACUGUUACAAAUAAUUUGAAAACAGAAGGGAAAAAAUAAUCUCUUUUAAAAUGAUUUACACAUUUAUACUUUCCAGCAUUGUACAGCAUAGGGUCCAUUUUGGUAAUGUAUCAAAGAGAACGUUGUUCAUCAGAGGAAAUGUUUAGGUGGCUUGCAAACAAAAUAAGAAAGUAGAAAAUGUGUCAGCUGUAGGACUAAAUAAUGAUCCUCCCAAAAACUAGCCAAAGAGACAUUCAGCAAUUAAAGAAAUUUAAAUAGUCUUCUAAA